GGAGAGUAGGAGUGGCUGAAACCAGCAACUGCUGUCAGAGUUUCUGUGAGUGUGUAGAGGGAGGGUGUGUGGUCAAGCGAGACUGAAUCGUGCGGUGUGUUUGCACAAGUUUCAGAAACUAUUAGAUUAAUUCAAGAAGUAAGCAUAUGAAAAUAGUCAGCAUAAGGAUAUUCUAUCUUUUUCUUGGCUGUGGAUUACAGUAGUUAAGGACUUUUGAACAGAAGCUACCAGUGGAUGAGGCCUCACCUGUUCGGAUUGGAGUUGGAUGACUACAGUGGAUAGUAGAAGUGGACUGUGAGGAGUGGAAGAGAUCAUGCUGUGAGAGACAGGUACAGUGAGGACAGGUUGGGCUACUAGUUAUCAUGUCCAUCCAGGAGUGCCCAGAGAGUCCAGUGCUUGAGGAUGAGGAGGGUGAGGAAGGUAGAGGGGUGGAGAGAGAGUCGGACAGAGACAGUGCAAUAGACAGUGCUCUGUCGUCAGAGAUAUCGGAUGGAGGGAAAACUGGAGAAAAAGAGGAAGGGAUUGGACUUUGCCUCCCAGGAGAAAAGUGUGGUCAGAUGUAUAAUCGCUCUGAGACUUCUGCUCAUUCUACACGUUCAUCUGCCUCAUUAAAUGAGGAGCAAUUUGAGGACUAUGGAGAAGGAGAGGAUGGAGAUUACAAUCCUAGCAGCCCCUGUCCAGAUGAUGAGAUCCGCAUUAAUGGAUGUUCAGAUCUGGGCUCUUCUGUUUCCUCCAGUGCUGGUCAGACUCCUCGGAAGAUGCGCCAUGCUGGUGACCAAAUGGAUGGGUUUUGCUCUCAGUGUUGUAAGAGGGUCAGUCUGCUCAAUGACCUGGAGAACAGGCUGAAAAACCUCAAAACCAACAGCCCAAACAGAAAGAUCUCCAGCACUGCGUUUGGAAGGUAGCUGCUCCACAACAGUAACCUCAGCAGUAGUAACGGCAGCACAGAGGAUUUGUUCCAUGACAGCAUUGACUCCAGUGAAACAGACAUUACUGAGAAGGUGAGUUACUUGGACAAGAAAGUGACAGAGCUGGAACAUGAGAUUCUGAUGAACGGGGAUGUGAAGUCGAAGCUGAAACAGGAAAACAUACAGUUGGUUCACAGGAUUCACGAGUUGGAGGAGCAGCUAAAAGACCAGGAGACCAGAGCAGAGGACAUGAUGGAAGAGGAGCUCAGGAGACACAGAGAGGCCUACAGCCGACUGGAGAAAGACAAAAACACACAGAUAGAGCUGCUCACUAACAGAGUACACCAGCUAGAGGAGGAAAAUGGACAGAUGGCUAUAAGCAUGAACAGACUUAAAGCCCAGACAGAGAAACUGGAUGAGGAGAGACAGCGGAUGACAGAUAAGCUGGAGGAUACAAGCUUGCGGUUGAAGGAUGAGAUGGAUGUGUACAAGAAGAUGAUGGACAAGCUACGGCAGAACAGAAAUGAGUUUCAGAGGGAAAGAGCUACCAUGCAGGAGCUAAUUGAGGACCUUCGGCGAGAACUGGAGCACCUCCAAAUAUACAAGCUGGAGGCAGAAAGAAUGGGGAGUGGCCGCAGAUCCUCCAUUAGCCUAUCAGAAUACAGCACUCGAACACGUGAGAGUGAGUUGGAACAGGAGGUCAAGAGACUAAAACAGGAGAACCAGAAACUGAGGGAACAGAAUGAAGAUCUAAAUGGUCAGCUUCUCAGUCUGAGCCUCCAUGAGGCCAAAAACCUGUUUGCCACACAGACAAAAGCGCAGUCUCUGGCCAUGGAGAUUGAUCAUGCCUCCCGUGACCAGUUGAUGGAAGCCCUCAAGGAACAAGAAGAGAUAAACCUCCGACUCAGGCAAUACAUGGACAAGAUCAUUUUAUCUAUUCUGGACCACAACCCGUCUAUUCUGGAAAUCAAAAUCUGAAAGCCUGUCAUAAGCUGUUUAGAAUCUUAAGAGUGGAUCUAGAGCUCCCCCUGAGGUAGCACUGAACCUCAAAUGACUUGUGCCUCUGAAUGCACAAUAACUACAAUGUGCUGGUGUUUUGUGCACCUUUCUCUUGCUACAAAAAUGUAAAAUAUACUGGUGAAAUAUUUCAUGCACUUUUAUAGGGCAUUUUGCUGCUCUGUACAACACAAGGGAAUUUUACGCUGGAAUGUCAUUAUGGUUACUGAAUUGCACCAACUAAUAUGUGAAUAUAUGACACUGGAUGUUCAGAGUGUAUUUGCGUUAUAUGGAUGGUGUAUGUUUGCUGAGUUUGCACUGGGGAUGUGAUGAGAAAGGCUGAAUGAUAAAAAAGAGGAAUAUUUACCUAUUUGUCGGCCUUUGAAGCCUGUCCCAUUCAAAGUUGCGGAGUAUGAUCAGAGGAGAGAGACUUUUGUGGGUAUACUUGUAAUGAUUUUGGUGAGCGAGUUUUUGACUGUCUUCCUAUUAUAAAUGGCAAGUGAGGGAACAAUGUAAGGAGAGACAAAGUAGAAGAAUAGAGGAGAGGUAACUGAAACUCGAACUGGAACUUGAUAGCUGCCUGUUGUAAAAGAAAUCCAUUUUAGAGCAGGACGAUGCUCUAGUCUGUGUUUGCAAUGUAACGGUGAGAUGUUUAUUCUGACAUUACAUGCAGUAUGUGUACUUCAAAAGGAAGUGAAAAUUCAAGAGGCUGAAUGUAAAAUGUCAUAUUGAAUGUACCAAACAAGUAGUAUUUCAGGUUAUUCAUGGGCUUUAGAUGUCUGUUCAUCAGCUGAAUUAUGUUCUUAAUAGCCUGAAAGGGACUUGCACUUGUUCUUCCAAACUAAAAUAAUAUUGUUAUAAUUUCAAA